CAUGUCGUUCGCGAACAAAGUCGUGCUGAUAACGGGUGCGAGCUCCGGAAUAGGUGCAGCCACGGCCAUCCAUCUGUCCCAGCUCGGAGCAUUGCUUUCCAUCCACGGCCGUAACAAGGAGAACCUCCAAAAGGUGGCGGACCAGUGCAAGGAUCCCAAACCUUUCAUAGUUACCGGGGAAAUCACCAAUGAGUCCGACGUCAAGGAAAUCCUCGAGUCGACUGUGAAAAAGUAUGGGAAACUCGAUGUUUUGGUCAAUAACGCCGGCACUCUGGAGUCCGGUGGCAUUGAGAACACCAGUUUGGAGCAGUACGACAGAGUAUUCAACAUCAAUGUCAGGUCAAUCUAUCACUUGACGAUGCUGGCUGUGCCCCACUUGAUUAAUACCAAGGGCAACAUUGUUAACGUCUCCAGUGUAACUGGGCUCAGAGCUUUCCCCGGAGUUCUUUCAUAUUGCAUGAGCAAAUCUGCCAUAGACCAGCUGACCAGAUGUGUUGCUUUGGAACUUGCUGGCAAACAGGUUCGAGUAAACGCUGUGAAUCCUGGUGUUGUAGUCACCAACUUGCACAGACGCAGUGGUAUGGAUGAAGACAAGCUCAAGCAGUUCUUCGAGCACAGUAAAGAUACUCAUGCCUUGGGCCGUCCUGGACACCCCGAUGAAGUCGCCAAGACUAUUGCCUUCUUAGCUAGCGAUGAUGCUAGUUUCAUUACUGGUCAAACAUUACCUGUUGAUGGUGGCCGCAGUGUCAUGUGCCCACGAUAAGAUGAAUUUCAAGGAUACUUUGUUUCUUAAUCAUACCAACCGCUGUUUAUUUUUGCAUUGCGAUUUUAUACAGAAAUAUGUUUGUUCGAUCUUGUUUAAAGGGGAAUAUGAA